GCUGAGCAGGAGGCCUCUGCAUCUCGUCGCCUAGGCGAGCAGGGACGGAGUCUCACCAGGGUGGAGGACCAUGUUGCGUCGCAAGCCCUCCAAUGCCAGCGAGAAGGAGCCCACUCAGAAGAAAAAGCUCUCUCUUCAGCGCUCCAGCAGCUUCAAAGAUUUUGCCAAAUCCAAACCCAGCUCCCCCGUGGUGAGCGAGAAGGAAUUUAAUUUAGAUGAUAACAUCCCAGAAGAUGACUCAGCUGUUCCCAUCCCAGAGGAUGCUGGGAAGAGCAGCAAAAAGCUGGGCAAGAAAUGGAGGGCAGUGAUUUCCCGAACCAUGAACAGAAAGAUGGGCAAGAUGAUGGUGAAGGCCCUGUCGGAGGAGAUGGGCGACACGCUGGAGGAGGGCUCAGUCUCCCCGACUUCUCCAGACUGCAGCCUGGACAGCCCUGGCCCUGAGAAGAUGGCGUUGGCCUUUUCUGAGCAGGAGGAGCGUGAACUCCCAGCGCUGAGCCGCCAGGCAUCGACAAGCAGUGAGCUCUGCAGCCCCAGCCCAGGCUCCGGCAGCUUCGGGGAGGAAGCACCUGCCCCCCCAUACACAGGGCCCUUCUGUGGCCGGGCACGAGUCCACACCGACUUCACUCCCAGCCCCUAUGACCACGACUCACUGAAACUUCAGAAAGGAGAUGUGAUCCAGAUUAUCGAGAAGCCGCCGGUGGGCACGUGGCUGGGCCUGCUCAAUGGCAAGCUGGGCUCGUUCAAAUUCAUCUACGUGGAUGUGCUGCCUGAGGAGGCUGUGGGGCCAGCCCGUCCAAGCCGCCGACAGAGCAAGGGCAAGAGGCCCAAGCCCAAGACUCUGCAUGAGCUGCUGGAGCGCAUCGGCCUAGAGGAGCACACGUCCACUCUGCUGCUCAAUGGCUACCAGACGCUGGAGGACUUCAAGGAGCUGCGGGAAACGCACCUCAACGAGCUCAACAUCACGGACCCGCAGCACAGGGCCAAGCUGCUCACAGCUGCCGAGCUCCUGCUGGACUAUGACACUGGCAGCGAGGAAGCAGAAGAGGGUGCCGAGAGCAGCCAGGAGCCAGUGGCACACACAGUGUCGGAGCCCAAGGUGGACAUCCCGCGUGACUCCGGCUGCUUUGAAGGCUCAGAGAGUGGACGUGAUGAGGUGGACCUGGCAGGCACGGAGGAGCAGCUGCACAGCCUCUCCCUGGCCGGGGCACCUUGAGGUGGGGGUGGCACAGGCUGAGGCUGGGCCCGAGCUGCAAAGGCCGUGGGGAUGGGCCUGGCCUCCACAGCGGCCCAGGCCCAGAGGACUGAUGUCAGGCCUGACUCCAUAUCCCCAGAAGUGCUCAGGGUUGCAGAGGCCCACCUGGGACCCUCCAGGCGUGGGUGAAGUAGGUGAGAGGCCACCUAAGGGUACAUCCAACCUGGCCAAAUCCCUCUCUCCACCAGCAACUGACAGCACAGCCCCUCCUAGCAGGCCAUGGCCACACCAAGCAGGGCACCGAGGGAACCUGCCCAUGUCCCCCAGCAACUCCCAAAGCCUCCUCACCCCCACACUGCCUCUUCCUGUUGCAUUGCUCCUGAGAAGGGGGCCAAGUCAGUGUUUCAGGUUAGUCUCGAAACCCUAGGGAAGCCGGCCAUUGAAAAGGACCCUAAAUGACCUUGGGCAAAUCCUGAUUGCCCUAAGUAAGGCUGGAAGAAAGACAUGUGUGCCAUUUCCACUUUCCUUCUCCUUAACUUUCUCAGUGGUUUGGCCACUGAAUCAUUAUGAGACUUGAGCCAAAUGCCUCGCCACCUCUGGCUUAGGGCUGGUUGGGGUUAGAACAGAUAGCCACUGAGGGCCUUGCCAGCUCUGACAUUCCAUGACAUUAAAUAUCUGCUCUCCUGUUGCUUGAGGCCCGGGACACCAGUGGAGUCUAUUGAGGGGACCAGAGUGGCUCAGACUUUCAAGUGAACCGGCCCCACCUGGUCAUCCAUUUCAUCUCUUCCCACAUAACUCAGGCCAAGCUAUGACUUCCCCAGCUCUAAAUAAUGCUCAGAUCUCAUACAAUCCAUGCCCUCCCCUUCCAUUCUCGGGCCCUCGGAGGAGACUUCCUGCAAGGCUGACGGCAGGUGGUCCGGUCAGGCUUCCGGGGAUAGAGCUCUCUCUCGAGAACCACAUGCAGAUCUAGAUGCAGCCUUGGCCGCUUGUAGGGCUCCUUACCAACAAAGAAAGCACUAAGCUUGACGCUGGGGAGCCAACUACCCCAACUUGGCUUUGUGAAAGAUUUUUGGAGCAACCUUGAGCCCCAGAAGGGAAAGAGGAGAUCUGUUGGUAGUGGGGGGGGGGGGCUCUGCCCCAGUACCAAGUCUGUGCCCCGAAUCCUGAGUAGCCCUGUCCUGGUGCCCGACAGGCCUGGGGACAAACAGUGUCCACUACAUCGAGG